AUGGCCGUCAUCACCAGAGGUGUUAGUCGGGGCACAUUUAGCAAGAAUGUCUGGGGUGACAUUAACACGAUUAGGAUUGAUGUGAACAAGAUUGAUGACUGCGCGAAUUCCAUGAACAGAGUCGACAAGAACUCCAACGAUGAGAGCUCGUUAAAUGUCCAUCUCGGCGGGAUCUUCUUUGGAAAGACUGCUCAGUGUCCCCCGUCAGAUUCUGGUCAAUAG